CAGCGCCUGCCGUUUCGGUGCCAUCGCGGAGGCCCCGGCAGAGGAUUGCGUCCGCGCCCGAAGAGCCGGCAGCCCUGAAUGUUAUAUGACAUCUCUGUUGCUCUGUGAGUGAUCAGAAACACAAACAGUCCCUCCAGGAUUGAGCUACAUUCAAAGAAAACUUACUCAGAAACACUGGAAAGUGCACCAUGGAGUGCAAGAGUGAGGGAAAAGAAAAAUUCCAACAUGGCUUGUAUCUACUAAACAAAAUUAAGAAUAUGAGAGAACUAGCAGAGAUGAUUGAUGUUGUACUCAUAGCAGAAGAGGAGAAAUUUCCUUGCCACAGGCUGGUCCUGGCUGCAUUUAGUCCUUAUUUCAAAGCCAUGUUUACCUGUGGACUACUUGAGUGUACUCAAAGGGAAGUCAUACUUUAUGACAUCACAGCAGAAAGUGUGUCAGUGAUAUUAAAUUACAUGUACAGUGCGGCUUUGGAGAUCAGUAAUGCCAAUGUGCAAACUGUGGCCAUGGCUGCCUAUUUUAUGCAGAUGGAAGAAGUCUUUCAGGUGUGUCAGAAGUAUAUGAUGGACCAUAUGGAUGCCUCGAACUGUGUAGGUAUCUAUUAUUUUGCAAAGCAGAUUGGAGCUGAAGAUUUAGCUGAUCAAUCGAAGAAAUAUUUAUAUCAGCACUUUGCUGAGGUGAGCUUACAUGAAGAGAUACUAGAAAUUGAAGUGCACCAAUUUCUGAUGCUUAUUAAAUCAGAUGACCUGAACAUAACCAGAGAAGAGAGCAUUCUGGACCUAGUUCUGAGAUGGGUAAAUCAUAACCGAGCACUGCGCACAGAGCAUCUCGUUGAGCUUCUGAAGCAAGUUAGGCUGCAACUGAUAAGUCCUUCUUUUCUAAGACAAGCCCUGAGAAGGAACACAAUGCUUCUGUGUGAUGCAGGUUGCAUUGACAUCAUUCAAAAUGCAUUCAAAGCCAUCAAGACUCCCCAGCCACAUGCUCUCAAUCUGCGUUACGGCAUGGAGACCACCAGUCUUUUGCUUUGCAUUGGUAACAAUUCUUCAGGAAUCAGGUCAAGACACAGGAACUACGGGGAUGCCAGUUUUUGCUAUGAUCCUGCAUCACGCAAGACCUAUUUCAUUUCAUCUCCCAAGUAUGGGGAGGGUUUAGGCACCGUGUGUACUGGUGUCGUCAUGGAAAACAACACUAUCAUUGUGGCUGGCGAGGCAAGUGCCUCUAGACUCUCCAGACAAAAGAGCAAGAAUGUUGAAAUCUACAGGUAUCAUGAUAGAGGCAACCAGUUUUGGGAAAAGUUAUGCACAACUGAAUUUCGAGAGCUCUAUGCUCUGGGCAGUGUCAAUAAUGACCUCUAUGUCAUAGGAGGACAGAUGAAAAUUAAAAACCAGUAUCUUAUUACAAACUAUGUUGAUAAGUACUCUGCAGAACGGGACAGUUGGAAAAGGGUGGCUCCCCUUCCACUACAAUUGGCGUGUCAUGCUGUAGUAACAGUGAAUAAUAAACUUUAUGUGAUUGGAGGCUGGACCCCUCAGAUGGAUCUUCCUGAUGAAGAGCCUGAUCGAUUAAGCAACAAGCUGCUGAAGUAUGACCCCAGCCAAGAUCAGUGGACAGAGCGGGCACCCAUGCAGUAUGCUAAGUACCGAUUCAGUACAGCUGUGGUCAACAGUGAGAUUUAUGUUUUGGGUGGAAUUGGCUGUAUAGGACGGGACAAGGGCCAGGUCCGGAAAUGUCUAGACGUGGUGGAGAUCUACAAUCCGGAUGGGGACUUCUGGAGAGAGGGCCCCCCCAUGCCAAGUCCCCUGCUGUCACUUCGCACCAACUCCACCAGCGCAGGAGCCGUGGACGGGAAAUUGUAUGUCUGCGGGGGAUUCCAUGGAGCAGAUCGCCAUGAGGUUAUCUCCAAAGAGAUCCUGGAGUUGGACCCCUGGGAGAACCAGUGGAACGUUGUAGCCAUUGACGUCCUCAUGCACGACAGCUAUGAUGUCUGCCUGGUGGCCAGAAUGAAUCCUCGAGACCUCAUCCCCCCACCUUCAGAUUUGGUAGAAGAAGGUGGGGGGCACUGAGGUUUGCACCAAGUGCCCUUGGCAGUGCCUGGCAUGUGUGUUGGCCUUUGGGUGGCCAGCAUGGGGGUGCACCUGCUCCACCCACAUGAAUGUGUGGAUGCUGCCAGCUUCCCUUGGGUCAGCAAGGCCUUGUUGGCAGCCGUGAACUUUUCUUGAUGCACUGGGCUCAGGAUUGAGGCUCUCAUCCCAGCUCUGCUGCUUACUGCAUGUGUGACCCUGGGCAAGAUAAACUUUUAAAACCUGUUCCCCUCCUGUGCGGAAUAGGAAGGAAAAGUCUUCUGUAGGGUUGAUGUGAGGACUGAGUGAUAAAACAUUAAGCAUGGUGUCUGUGAGACGCUAAAACAGCAAAUGUUCUUUAGCUGCCAUGACUUUCAUUAUUCUUAUCUUCAUAAUCAGCAUUUUCCGAAGCCUAGUGUCCAAAACACCCGGUGUUGGAGUUGGGUGUUGGGAUUUCAGGGAGAAAUGUGCACAGGGUUUGAGAUAGGUCUUAAGCCACAGCCACAGCCCCUCAGCUUCUCCAGGCCCAAGUGAAUAAAUCAAUGUUUCUUUUGAGCCCUGGAUGCUGCUCCUCUGACCCACGUUUGUGGUUCUGCCCUCCUGUUGUUGGACAGCAUUAGAGAUUCAGCCUUAAACAUUUCCCCAUCCCCCUUCUCACCUUUAUUGAGGGCUGUCCUGACAUGCCAUGAAGAACCCAUAAAACUAGUGAGAUAGGAGGACUUGGCCCUGAGCCCGGACAUGGGAAUGGUCUGGACACUGAGACUGGGAGAAGCUGUAGCUGCCAGCACACCUGUUCAAUUCCUGCUCAUCAGGGAGGCGUCAUCGUUCUCACUGAUUGACUUUAUAACAAGCAAAUGCUUUAAAAAUGAAUCACAAAAUAAAAUUUCACUAGUAAUA